UCGCUAUAAAAGCGGCGUUGACGGAGACGAGGCCUCUGUGCCUAUGCUGUCAACGCAACAACAACAUCAUCGCUGCUGCCACUACUACCAUCACCCACCACCACCACCACCACGAGAUCGACCGCCAUCGGACACAGAAACGCGGCCCCGAUGUUCGUCUCCGCGAGUCGCAUCGGCGGCGGCGCCUCUCGCUCGGCCCUCCUGGGCCUGAGCAGAAGCCUCGGUCUCUCCUCGCGGUCGCGGCCGCUCUCGAGGCCUCGUGGGCCCGCGUGCCGCCGAGGGUCGCCGUGCGUCGGGACCAGCGGGGCCCGUGGUUCCGUCUACGGCUCCUGGGGCGGUGCGGCCGCGCCGGGGAGAUUCUACGGUCGAACCCCGGGGCAUCGGGACGACGACGAUGAUGAGGACGGGAAGGAGGAGACGGUGGGCCCCGCGAAGAAGGCCGACAAGAAGAAGAGGAUGAUGUUCAUGGCCAUCCCCAGUCCCGGCGCGUGGCUCAAGCACAAGUUUUUAUUCUUCCUCGUGAGGACUUACUUUGACUCCGACUUCAACAUAGAGGAGUUCACGGAGGGCGCCAAGCAAGCAUUUUCUUCCGUGUCUUCACUCGUCGCUGAGAGCAAAUUCGACCAACUUCAAGGACUCAUGGAUGAAGAUACCCUGGAAGAGUUGCGUCACAAGUGCAGCUUGAUGGGUGAGAGCCAGCGGAGGCAACUUGCCGUCCCGUUGGAGGACGUCAUGUACUCCGCAACUGACGAUGUAGCCAUCUACUACGAUAAUAGCGGUCGGCGCUACGUGAACAUCCUCAUGAGAUUCUGGUAUUUGACAAGUGCAAGUUUGCCUGACAGUGAUUUUGCUGGCAUGAAGAUUAUCACGUUUUCCGCAGAAGAUGAGGACAACACGCAGAGAAUUGCCACGGCCAGUUACGAAUUUCGCCGUGAAUUUACAGAAGGUGUGGAUGCAGACUGGACUGUCAUCCGCCUCGUACAUUGGAAGAUGAUGGAGUAGACUUGAAGCCACUUAUGGGAACAAGUCAGUGGAAGAGACCGUUUGGAACUUUGGCUUGAAGAGGUGCAGUUGGCUCAAUGAGGAGUGUUAAUGUUUCUCACACUGCACACUGCAUCGGAUUGCCUACCACUCAUGAAGAGGCUCCCUGCAUCCUCAUUUUAAGUGGGAGUUGGUUCGUGAACACUUGUUUGGAGCAUUUUUUUUUCUUCAAGGAUAUUAUUUGCGGAGAAUGAAAUGGUAGAACGAUGAUGUACUUGCCAGAUGUAAUUGCCUGGUUAACUUGUACAAUUUUAAUGUCAUUAAAUGUGGGUGGGGCUUAAGCAUUUUAAUAAAAUAAAUUGAUUUUCAUUAUUGCAGUGCUGUUCUGAGUUUGUUAAUACUCAAAUACUUAUGAUGUUAUCAUUUAUGUUGGUCGACAAUGGCUAAUUUAUUAUGAAAAUCUGUGAAACGUUCUUCAAAUGUAGACUGGGCUUGUGUUUCCGGUCCUUGUUUUAGAUAUGCUAAGGGUUGUAGCCGCGCUGUUAUAAUUUGCAGAUAUAUUAAUUAAAAAUUAUUGUUUAAGUGUUUCUCAUUUACACUAAGGCAACCAUUUUUGCUGCUUCCAGGGAAUGUAUAUCAGCAGAUGCACAUUACCAUGGAAAUUCGAAGCGAUUUUAUGUUCACUUUGUAGGUUUUCAAGACGCAAUUUUAAUGUUACAUGGUACAAUCGGUGACUCCUGGAUGAAGAUUUCUCCAUGCUGUUUCCAUUCCUACAUCCAUUUCACUCCACAUUGCUCCUCUUAGCUGCGGUUAUCCUUCAGUGCUUUCCUUUCACUGACCUUUUCACCAAUCGUGUCCAUUGGCCAUCAUCUCUUAUCCCAAUGUGGUUCUGCUCCAGCCCCUUCCAGAUGGGAUACUACGUAUGAUUUAGUGUUAAUGUGUUCCCUUAAUUUUUCUUUCAGUAAUUCAGCUUUUGUAAAAUUUCUGUCUGUUCUUGGCUCUGAUCCAUGUCAUGGUGAGUAAUAGUCAUUGGUUGAAAAUGUAAAUUUUGCAGAGACUGGUAUGUUGGAUUGAAUGGUCAAGUUCAGUUAUCAAGAAGUUGUACAAAUAAUGCACUUAUUUUUUCUGUUUGGUCCCGGUCCACCUUCAGUAAUUGUUCUCAACUGGGAAAACUCCUGUUUAACUCCUACCGCUAAUGAUUAGUUGGCUCGUAUCUAGUACAAUACCGACGUGCAUUUAAAUCAGCCGCUCGAAAUUAAAUUGUUUUCUAAUUAUAUGUUCAAAUUGUUUCGUUUAGCCAUUUAAAUAUUAUUCACUGCUUUGUAUUUUCACCGCCAGGUGGUGCUAUACGAACGUGGGCUGAUUAACAUGUGUCCUUUGCUCGCGAAAGACUAGGCGUAACCUCGUGUAUCGUAAUAAUGGUUUUCGAGUUACUUGAAAGUUAUGCCAUUGGCUUCAAUGCGGGCAUGGCCGGUUUAACACUACUCUGAAAGACUUGCAGUAAUGCGUGACCAUUGUGAAUUAUCGUCACUCCUGUGUGUGCAAGCUAGCACGUGUUUAGGCAGGUGGGGAGUCCUGCCACUUCAUCUGAUUUAAGGUUCGUGUCCUUCCUAUGCUACAGACAUUUUAAUGGGGUAUCGCCUGGUGAUAAAUGACGUGGGUAUACUGUAGGUACGUACACCUGCGUCGGUGUUUGAAGCAAAAAAAGUAGCUUUUAUCAGGUAAGGCCCACUAAGCUAUAUGGCUCAGAAGCGACCUGGCUGCAAAUGAUCGACAAAGUGACUUAUAGUGACAUUUAUAACAGCCAAAUAUUCGAAGCGCAUGUUUCUAAAUAUACCUUG